AGGAAUACAAACUUUUUUUUUUUAUUUUAUCAAUUUUUUUAUUAAAAGUUAUUGUUGUUUUUUUUUUUUAUUAUUAUUAGACAUAGAGACAUAAGCGACAUUAUUGCUUCUUUGAGACUAUACUUGAAGGUUUGCAUAACUGUUUCAUCCAUGUUACUAAAGUUUCCAUCCUUCCUCUUACUUCUUCACCUUCUCCUUCUCCUUAAGCUUGUAGCUUCUUCUCCUACCGAAGAAUUAAACUUCACCAUCAAUGGAUUCUCCGGAGCCAACCUCACCCUCGACGGCGUCGCGACAGUAUCCUCCCAUGGCCUCUUAAUCCUAACAAACAACAUUGUUGAACAAAAAGGCCACGCCUUCCACCCUUCCCAUCUUUGCUUCUGCCGCAACCACUCCGACGGAAGCAUCCCCUCCUUCUCCACCACCUUCGCCUUCGCCAUCGUCCCCGAGUUCACCAACCUCGGCGGCAACGGGUUGGCCUUUGUAAUCACCCCCUCAACAGACUUCUCCGAAGCCCAACCGGCCCAGUUCUUGGGCUUGUUCAACAGGAGUAGCAAUGGCCGCGCCACCAAUCAUGUCGUCGCCAUCGAGCUCGACACGGUACUCAACGUUGAGUUCCAAGACAUCAAUAACAACCACGUCGGGAUCGACAUCAACGGGAUGCGGUCCAACGAGUCAAGCGCCGCCGGGUACUAUGCGGACGAUACCGGAGAACUCAGGAACUUGACCCUCAUCAGUGGCAAGGCCAUGCAAGUGUGGGUCGACUACGACGGCGUAGAUUCGAUGCUAAACAUUACGCUCUCCCCUAUAAACGAAAUUGGAACGCCGACGACGAAGCCUACCAAACCGUUGAUGUCGUUCACGGUCAACAUCUCCGCUGUGCUGUUAGACUUGCCCGUGCACGUGGGCUUCUCCUCGGCGACGGGCUCUAUGACGUCGUCACACUAUGUCCUCGGAUGGAGCUUCGCCAUGGGCGUAGGUCAUGUUCAGGCCCUGCCCCUCGACUACUCGAAGCUGCCCACGAUCCCCCGCUUGAAUCUCAAACGCCACAGGUCGAGAGCUCUGGGCUUGUGGUUGGCCGUGGCUUCUUUAGUGUUUGUGCUGUUGGUGACGUUUGUGGCGUUCGCUGCGGCACGGUGGUGGAGCAAGUACGCGGAGCUGCGCGAGGAUUGGGAGGUGGAGUUCGGGCCUCACCGGUUCUCGUACAGAGACCUCUUCCGAGCCACCAACGGGUUCGGCGAGAGGGAGCUGCUGGGAGUCGGCGGCUUCGGGAGGGUCUACAGAGGGACGUUGCCGAAUUCUGGAGCGGAGGUGGCCGUGAAGAGGGUCUCCCACGAGUCACGGCAGGGGAUGAGGGAGUUCGUGGCAGAGAUCGCCAGCAUUGGCCGCCUCCGCCACCGCAACGUCGUGCAGCUGCUCGGCUACUGCCGCCGCAAGGGGGAGCUUCUCUUGGUCUACGACUUUGUCCCCAACGGUAGCCUCGACAAGUAUCUGCACUACGGUCGGGCUCACAAGCCGGCUCUCGGGUGGUCCCAGAGGUUCCGAAUCGUGAAGGGGGUCGCGGCGGGGCUUCUCUAUCUUCACGAAGAGUGGGAGCAAGUGGUGGUGCACAGAGACAUCAAGGCGAGCAAUGUGCUGCUGGACAGCGAGAUGAACGCCAAGCUGGGAGAUUUCGGUCUCGCGAGGCUGUACGAUCAUGGGAUCAAUCCGCAUACAACCCACGUGGUGGGGACGAUGGGUUAUCUCUCGCCGGAGCUUGUAAGGAGUGGGAGGGCAACCACCGCCACCGACGUGUUCGCCUUCGGAGUUUUCAUCUUAGAGGUUGCUUGCGGGCGGAGGCCGGUGGAGGAAUUGGCCGUGGGCCCGCAAGGGGAGCAACUCAUGUUGGUGGAUUGGGUGAUCGAGAAUUGGCGAGAGGGUUCGAUUCUCGACACGGUGGAUGCCGGAUUGGGAGGAGAGUACGCGAGGGAGGAGGCGGAGAUGGUGCUGAAGCUGGGUCUGAUGUGCUCGCACCCGCAUCCGGAGGCGCGGCCGAGCAUGCGGCUGGUGGUGCAGUACUUGGAGGGCCGCGCGGCGCUCCCGGAGCUGUCGCCGGAUUAUCUCUACUUCCGCAACCUAUCAUUGGGCUACAACGAAGGGUCUUAAUUCAAACGACUCAAUAGUUGAAGGGGUUCUUCGUGCAUCUUCUCGCUUAGAUAUUCAAGUAGCUUCUGGAGAUUUCGAAAAGAAGUGCGAACAGAGCGCGCGAUGCAGGUUCCGAAUCUUUGAAGGGGGUUGCUACGGGGCUCCUCUAUCUUCACGACGAGUGGCAGCAAGUUGUUGGUGGAUUGGGGCUCGAUUCUCGAUACGGGGGAUGCCGGAUUGGGAGGAGGGUACGCAACGGAGGAGGCGGAGAUGGCGCUGAAGCUGGAGCUGACGUGCUCGCACCCGCACCCGCACCCGCACCGGCACCCGUCGGCGCGGCCGAGCAUGCAGCUGGCGGUGCAGUACUUGGAGGGCCGGGUGCCGCUGCCGGAGCUGUCGCUGGCUUAGCCCUGCUUCACCAAUCUAUGAUCAUUACCUCACAAGGAGGGUUUUGACGAUUAUGUUGUCUUCUAUCCAUCUUCCGUGCCGAGUGCAUCUACUCUCUCCGGAGGAAGAUGAAUGAAUAUUAGCCAUGUACGGAUCGGAUAAAGAGAGGUUCGUAGGAAAAAAGAUAUCUUUGGACUGUAUGAAAGUAGAGAAUUAGCCGUGAAAAAGUAAAAUAAUUUCUGCCAAAUGGCAUGCCAAACAGAUAUAUUGCUUUUAAUUUU